AUGGAUACUGGUGAGGAGAAGGAAUGGGGAGACAUUGGACACGAGACUUUGAUUCGUCGUCUUACAUUUUCUUCAUGCGAAGAUCACCCAAUAUGUGUCCAGAUAAGGCAGAGUCCCGAAUAUGCCGAAUCAACUGAACACACAUCCCUGUUCAGAAUUGGUCUGCCUGCAUGA